AUGGCAAACGUGGCUGGCCCCAAUUUGCGCGAGCAGUGCAGCAGGAGACCUCCCGUACCAAUCGCAGAGGAGCAUGAGCCCUUCUGCGCAGGAGGCCACUUCAUCAACAUGUCUUUUCUGAAGCCGGAGUUGCCGGAUUUUCCGGAGGAGCCGCUCAGGGAGGGAAUUCUUUGCGUGACGCAGAAGGUGGUGAGCCGUCCGCUGAUCGAGGGUGAGGACGAUUUUGAGGCGCUAAUUACCUUUCCGGAUGGAGCAUUCGAACGGGUGACAAGCACCAGUACAAGCAACAGCAGCUCCCUAACUGGAGCGAUGGACACCGUGGAAUCCUCUUGGGAAAGUGCUUCAUGGCAUCAUGAUCUACCACCUGGAACCGUUAUCCCGCCGGAUCGUCGCCUUCAUGAGCGUCACGUGCAGAAACUGAACCGCUUCAUGCACAACGUCGAUAUUGCGCCACUGGCCUUCAGUGGCAUGGUGCGAAAGCGCCGAGCAGAGUGA